AUGUCUGCAGAUCUAUUUGCCGAGUUUAAUAGUCUUUCUGACAAGUCAACGCCUGAACCAACUCAACCACAACCACAAAAUCAUCAUCAGCAGCAGACCACUCCGUUUCAGACUCAAACGCAGCAGCAAGCGCCUCUGCCGCCAAAGCCGCUACAACGUAGCGAGACGCAGAAUCUGUUUGACCUCUUGGGAAACACCAACAAUGCCUCACCAGUAAACAGCCAGCCGUGGUCGGGUCUUCAGUCUCAGCCUACCACGCAGAACACAUGGGGAAGUGCCCAGGUCCCGUCGAAGCCGGCGGAGACGAAUGACGACGACGACGAUGGAUGGGGCGAUUUCGAGAUAGCUGAGCCAUCGCAACCUCCGACGGCCAAUGCGACUCCUACUCAGACUCCAAGCCCUGCUCCUUUCUCUGCUCCGGGCUGGGGCACAGGUGAAAGCAAUACGCCAGUCUCGGCGAACACAUCGUCCAUACCAUGGCCCAAAUCAAAUCCAGUCUCAGCUGCCGCUGUAGCCCAACGCGCACCUGGUAUCAAGCAGCAGCCACCAACUAGAAUUGCGAGGGCUUCGACGAUGGAUCUUAUGUCCAAUAGCCUUGUCGAUAUUGAGGCCUUGCAAAAUUCCACCGGUACCACCAAACCUCAAUCUUCGAAACCCCAAUCUCAAUCACAGCCGCAAUCGCAGUCACAGUUUACGCAAGGUUGGGGGCAAGGAACAGCUUAUCAAGAAUCGCCACACCAACGGAUGAAAGCCAAGCUUAAGCCGUCCGCACAAAAGGAUCCUAGCGUACUCUUUGAUGCCGAAGAUUUUGAGCUACAGGUCGCUGAAGAUGAAGACGAUGAUGAGGACGAUGAAGACGAUGAUGAGGACGAUGAAUUCGGAGAUUUCGAAAGUGUCCCUCCUCCAACUGCGGUCAAGCCGGCUUCCGUGACUGCUCCCAUAAACUCAACACCGGCCCCUCCAUCAAUGGAUCUCCUUUCUUUAGAUGAACCAGUUCCAACCCCCCCUCAGCAAACCAGGAAAACACCGCCCGCCCAGCUUCUCGGUCCCCUGGCGUUUGGAGCUACUACUACAAACUAUCCUCAAGCUCCAAAAUCACCCUCAUUCCAGGAUCGUAACCCUUUCCCGGAAUUGGCCAUAAAAACGCCUAUUUCUGCCGAGCCAAAGGAAGUAAAGAAACCAAAAGAAGCAACCCCAGCUACAGCAUGGCCAUCUUUCGAAAGCCCAAUAGAUCCUGAGCCAGCCAAAUUCAAGGAUCAAGAAGAAGAAUGGGAUGCCUGGGACGAUUUCUCGGCCAGUGACAACAAAAAAGUUACUACCAGCACGAAAAAGGCGCCUGAAAGUUGGGAUUGGGACGCUGUUGAUGGUGUUCAGCCAUCGCAUAGCGAUUCUCAGGAGGAUGCUCCUCCGCCAAUUAAUGUCCCACCUCCUUCCGUCAUCCUCUCUGCAUUCCCUGAUAUCUUGAAUUCCGGUACUGCUCUAUUCAAGCCUGUGUCUGGCCAGAGCGUAUCCAUCAAACAGCGAAUUUUAUCAGACUCAAAAGCUGUGGAGUUUCUGAAGGCCUAUGUUCUGUUAGCGGAAACGGCAGCCCGCGUGAUUGCCGGUCGCAAACAACGAUGGCACCGGGAUAAGAUCCUAGCCAAGAGCAUGUCAAUCUCAGCUGCGGGAAGUAAGGGCAUGAAACUCGCAGGAGUCGACAAAACACAAGCUGCACGCGAAGAUCGUGAGGCUGCUGAUGUAGCGGCUGUAUGGCGUCAGCAAGUUGGUCGGUUGCGAUCGGCGGUAGCUGCGGCCAAGUCGGCUGAUAAGGGCCUGACUCUAAAGGUUCCUGAGAUUAGCGAAAAUAUGCAAGUGCAUACAGCCAAGAUGGUUCCAACAGCCCCUAAGGCUUGUAUCAUCUGUGGGCUGAAGAGAGAGGAGAGAGUGGCCAAGGUGGACGUUGAGGUGGAGGAUAGCUUUGGAGAGUGGUGGGUUGAUCACUGGGGACACAAGGCGUGCAAGAACUUUUGGAUCGAACAUGAACAAAGGCUACGACAACGCUGA